UCGGGACGCUCCGCCUUUCCAUUCCUCCGUGUAUUCUAGCCGUGGAGUGGCAACAUACGUUGGCAAUGGUAGGGAGGUAGUGCACUGUAGGGCUCUGUUUCUCCAUUGCGGGUUCGGGCGGCCGAGCGGAGCCCGCCGUUUCCAGGAGGGCCAUGGCGGCCUUGGAGAUUCUGAAGCUGCGCGACAGCGGGCGCCUGACGCUCGGGCUGCUGGUCAACCUUAUGGCCUCCAUCUGCAUCGUCUUGGUCAACAAGUGGAUCUACGUGGAGUACGGCUUCCCCAACAUGAGCCUAACCCUGGUGCACUUCGUUUUGACCGGCGUGGGCCUGUGGCUCUGCCAGGCGCUCGGCGUCUUCUACCCCAAGAGCCUGCGGCCCAGCCGGAUCCUGCUGCUGGCGCUCAGUUUCUGCGGCUUUGUUGUCUUCACCAACCUGUCCCUGCAGAACAACACCAUCGGCACCUACCAACUGGCCAAGGCCAUGACCACACCGGUCAUUAUAGGCAUCCAGACCUUCUACUACAGAAAGACUUUCUCCACCAGGAUAAAACUGACAUUGAUCCCUAUUACGUUGGGUGUAGUUCUCAACUCUUACUUUGAUGUGCAGUUUAAUUUUCUAGGAAUACUUUUUGCAACUCUUGGUGUUUUGGUUACCUCUCUAUAUCAAGUGUGGGUAGGAGCCAAGCAACACGAACUACAGGUGAACUCAAUGCAGCUGCUAUACUACCAAGCUCCCAUGUCCUCUGCCAUCCUGAUGUUUGUUGUUCCUUUUUUUGAACCAGUGAUUGGAGAGGGAGGAAUUUUUGGAAAAUGGUCUGGUACAGCAGUGAUGAUGGUAUUGUUUUCUGGAAUAAUUGCCUUCCUUGUGAAUUUGUCCAUUUACUGGAUCAUUGGAAAUACCUCACCUGUUACAUAUAAUAUGUUUGGACAUUUCAAGUUCUGUAUCACCCUUCUAGGAGGAUACAUUUUAUUUAAGGAUCCUCUUUCAGUUCAUCAGUGUUUGGGAAUUCUGUGUACAUUGUGUGGCAUUUUGUGUUACACCCAUUUCAAACUUAGUGAACAAGAAGAAGAAAAGAGCAAAUUGGCACAAAGGCCAUAAGAAACCUUUUCUAGGACUCACUGAUAAGGUGGAAGAAUUAGCAAUUAAAUACAGCAACUUCAAUCACAUGAACAAAUUUGCCUUUUAUUACAAUUUGUCAGUUUUCAUGUGCCAUUAUUGUAUUUGAGCAUUGCCUAUUUUUAAGAAUCUUUACUGAUAAACUGUUUACCUGAAUAAACUGGACCUGAUGCAUGACGUCUUUAGAUUUACAGAAAUUCACGGUACAAUUGUGCCCACAACAAACAAAAUUAGAGCUACUUAGUUUAUAGUCCUGAUUUUAGCUCUUUUGCAAUCUUGCCGAAUAGAUCUCUUUGAAUGCUCAAACAGGUACAUUUCGUACAUGAUAUGGGUUUCUGCAUCCAUUUCAGGUUGAGAGAUUCAUAUUUCACCAUUUUCCUUAAUUCCCUCUACUAAUCCUGCUAGUUUAUCAAACCAGGUCCUCGGGUAUCAACUUUGUCAAGAUAAAUUUGUCCAUCCUCUUCACCUUGUCCAGGCCUCUCAAAAUUUAUAUCCGUCCAAUAAACCCAUAAUUUUCUAUCUCUGUGCCUAAUGUUUACUACAGUUGGCCGAGCAGAGCUAAACUUGGUACUCUGGCUGUGACGUAACAUAUGUUUUAUGCGGUUCCACAGUAGGCUGUCCUUGGAAGUAUGUUACUAAUGCUUUUAAAGGACUUGUGUUGCAUCUGUAAAGUUCCUGACUGAAUUUCUUCUAAAUCCAAUGUACAUAAAAAAGAUUUGUUUAAUCAUGUAUUUUCUGACAAGGGAUAUUUGCAAUUUACCAUUUAAUGUUUUCAAACAUGUGAAUUGUAUUUUGAAUAUCUAAAAAGCUGCACAUUUUAUCAAUGCUGAUUGACAGCAGGUAACAAUCUGAUUGAUGUCCAUAUUGGAAUAGAUGGCCAACCCAUAAGACAUAGGAGCAGGAAUAAGCUAUCUGGCUUACUGAGUCUGCUCUGCCAUUCCAUCAUGACUGACUUAUUAACCUUCUCAAUCCCAUUCUCUUGCCUUUUCCCUGUAACUUUUGUGCCCUGAUUAAUCAAGAACCUGUUAACCUCCAUGUUUAAUAUUCCCAAUGACUUGGCUUACACAGCCAUCUCUAGCAAUGAAUUCCACAGAUUCACCGCCUUCUGGCUAAAGAAAUAUUUCCUCAUCUCUUCCAAAUGGAUGUCCCUCAAUUAUGAGGCUGUGCCUUCUGGUCCUGGACUUCCUCCCUAUAGAAAACAUCCCCUUCACAUCCACUCUUCUAGGCCUUUCAAUAUUUGAUAGGUUUCAAUUAGAUCUCCCCUCAUAUCUUAACCCUUUCAUUCCUAGAAUAAUUCUCAUGAGCCUCCUCUCUUCUUAGAUAAGGGGCUCAAAACUGCUCACAAUACUCCAGUGUGGUCUGAUCAAUGUGCUGUGAAGCCUCGGUGUUACAUCUUAGAUUUUGUACCCUAGUCCUCUCCAGCGAAUGCCGCCACCAACUCAACCUGCAAGUUAGCCUUCGGGGAAUCCUACACAAGAACUCCCAAAUCCCUUUGCAACUCUGAUUUUUGAAUUUUCUCCCCAAGUGAAAACCUGUAAAAAUAGAAUCUCUGUUGUGUUUUGGGGUGACAUGCACUGUGCAUCCUUUUAAAUUACAUUCAUCAGUCUGAGCGACAAGCAAUUAAUCCUUGGAAUCUGUUAAUAUUUAUUACAAUUAUGCACUAAUAGAAAAGUAUAAUUUAUGCAAAAUACAAUUUAAUCCAGUCCAUUUUAACUAAAAUUAUUUGAAAGUGCUUUUGACCUCCAAAAAGAUCUGAUUGAAACUGGCAUUAGAAGUUAUCGGCUAUUUAGCCAAACUAAUCAAAGCUGAUAAGUAAUAUUUGGAGUUGUUUGGUUUGAUAACACCAGCUGAAUCCUGUACUAUUCCAAGUUAGAAACAAAGUUCUUCAGUUUUAAGCAAAAAUUACAUCACUAUAGUUCAUAUGUCAAGAAUCCAAGAGUGUACUGUUCUAUUUGUUUACUUGGUUUAUACUGCUUAUUUAUUAGCUUCAAUGGAAAAAUAUUGAAUAGUCUGUAAAUGUCCUCGUCUGUUUCUUUCUAAUGUGCUAAGGUGAUUAAACACAAAACAGCAGAAAAGAUUGCACAAAUUUACAAAAGGUGAUACAAGUGUUUUUGAUAUUUCAGAAACAAAGUUUGAUCACUAGCAUCUCGCCAUUUUCCAUGUAUGCUAUAGGUACAUUAAUAAUUAAACUGAAUUUUAUUUUGUUAAUUUCUACAACUUUAUUAAUAAAACAGUUCAAAACAUUUUCUAUUUUUUUUCAGCACUCUGUACUGCUGAAGUGAUAGACCCAAGGGAACAAAUGCAUUUUUGUUUAAAAGUAAAUCUAGUGUGUGAAAUUUGACUCUUUGUAUGGUUUACUGUGAUACAGAUUUUAAAAAAAGUAUGGGCUCCAAGCCUGUGAUGUUUACAAUAUCAAUAAAGUAUUAUA